CUUUCUGUUGCGUGGUCACAUGCAGUAGCGUUCGCUGCAGGUACAUGCAAUACCUGCCUACGGUACUUACGGAUGUCGCAUCUCAUAUCUCAGGUAAGGUACCUCAACCAUACCUGCUUAGGAGUCGAUAACGCCCUGUUCGCCUGUCAUCUUCUAGGGAUCACACGCAACUUAGAGUAUACGACCCGCAACGACCGGAGAGAGAGAGAAGGGAGUCGCUGCACAAGCUGUCGAUACUAUUUUCAACGAUGAGGUUUUCGCCUUGCAGUGAUUACCUUCACCUGCAACCCGUCGCCGCCCAUCGUCGCCUGUCGAAACGCCGAGACCGAACGCCCGCCUACCAAGCCUCUUAGCCACCGACAGGGCGGCAUACUACGAAUAGCUUCAUGCCGGCCGCCACUAUGCCACGACGGCCCCAGAACUACGACGACUACACAUCCGCGGUGCAGCAGAUUAUCCUCUCCACGUCGGAUGCCGAAUUCCUCGAUCAACUGAUCCCUGUUCUGAAGGAUGCGACGUCGACCGGCCGGGAGACGGGUCUCACGCACAAUCUGUCGCAAUAUGCCGAAGAUCGCGAGGCCGAGAUCGAGAGGAUAGGCUUGACGAAGCACGAGGAGUUCCUGGGCUCCGUCAACCACCUCCAGAACGUCCGCGAGCGCACCGUCACCUUAACCGCCGAUAUCCUCGAACUGAACCAGUCUAUCCAAGCUAGCACCGAGAAGCUGGCAGCACAGAAGCAGGCCCUGGUGAACACGCGGGCCGUCCGCGAGAACAUCUCCGACGUGUCCGAUGCCCUGAGGGAGUCCCUGAAGAUCCUGCAUGCCGUCAACAACGCCCACGAAUUGGUCCGAAAAGGAAAUUAUUACGCAGCGCUCAAGUCCCUCGAAGACCUGCAAAACGAAUUCCUCAUCCCCAUCAUACAGAACAGCUACGCGACCCAGCACCAGCUCGCCAAUCUCAUACAGAAGUCUAUCCCGGCGUCCCAGAAGACCAUAUCGGAGGCUGUCAUGACGGAUCUCAAUACUUGGCUGUUCCGUAUCAGGGAGACAUCCCAAUUUCUCGGGGAGGUGGCCUUCUACCAUACCGAGAUGCGCCGCACGCGGCAACGCGAGAGGGCAGAGAAUGACGAAUUCCUAAACAACUUCAAACUCAACUCUGCGAUCGAGCUGGUCUUUGAUGAGAGCGAAGAGUUUGAUGUGCUUGAUAAUGAUGAAUUACAAGUGGACUUCACCCCCCUUUUUGAAGCCUUACACAUACACGAUGCGCUUGGACAGAGCGAAAAAUUCCGAUCGGAGUAUGCCGCUACGAGGAGGCGACAGAAAGAACUGCUCCUGCCAGGCUCUGUGAGCCUCACAACCGACGACGAGUCAUCUCUCAGCAGUUUGCUCGAAGGUAUUUCUGGGUUUGCCAUCAUCGAGAAGGCAACCAUGCGGAGAGCCCCCCAGCUACGUACAGCUAUCGAUGUCGAGGAGUUGUGGGACUCGAUGUGCUCUACGGCAAUUUCCUUGACGUCGAAGGCAUUGAGCGACAUUACUGACCCUCAAAUCCUUCUCAAUAUCAAGGGACGAAUCGACCUUUUCAUCUUAACAAUGGAAGGUUGGGGAUAUUCUGUCUCGAGACUGGAUGAAUUCCUGGUCGACCUAUUCGAUAGAUAUGCCGAGCUGCUGAAGAAGAGGUUCAGCGACGACUUUCAAGAGAUCGUCUCAACCGACGACUAUAUGCCAAUGGCCAUCAACACCCGAGAGGAAUAUGAGAAAGUGGCCAACGUCAGUUGGUUCACGCCGGAGAAACCUAUUGAGGAGCUCGCGUUCCCGUGUGUUCUGCCCUUUUCUCAGAUGUACCCACUGUGUUGUAUCGAUAUUAGGAAUUUCCUCAAUCAGUUCUAUUUCUUCUCGGAUGACCAUUUUCAGCAUCGGGGUAAGAUCGAUGAUACAUUACGCAAGUCACUGGACGAGCUCCUCACCGAAAAGGUGUGCCAGUCUCUGGUGGAAAGGCUGAGCUCGCAGUAUCUGGGCCAGAUAGUGCAGAUCCUAAUCAACUUGGAACACUUCGAAAUCGCAUGCCAGGAGUUGGAGCAGCUCCUAAUCAGAGCGCGUUCCUCAGCAUCUACGGGGGGCCCCCUAACCCUGUCGGCUACGGAGCAGUUUAGGGAAAAUAAGAAAACGGCAGAGAAGCGUAUUUUCGAGCUUGUGAACUCUAAGAUCGACGACCUGGUGGAAACGGCGGAGUACGACUGGACGUCGACCAACCGUCCAAUAGAGCCUAGCAACUACAUGCAGACCCUGACCAGGUACCUCUCGAACAUCAUGAACUCGACGCUCCUAGGUCUGCCGAGGGAGAUUAAGGAGCUCAUCUACUUCGACGCGCUCAGUCACGCGGCCAACAAGAUUCUUGCGCUCCCACUCUCACCGGAUGUCAAGAAGAUCAACCCGAACGGGGUAGCGGCACUCUCGAUGGACGUCCAGCACCUGACGCACUUCGUCGACGGCCUCGAGAACGGGUUCAUGCUGCGCUCCAACCUCGACGAGCUCGAGCAGACGAUCCAGCUCCUGCAGUCGGACAACACGGACGAAUUCUUCGACAUCUCGACCCGGAACAAGAAGUACGGGCGCGUCGACGCCAUAAACGGGCCCGUCCUACUAGAAAAGUUGACGCAGCAGAUCUCGGGUCCAGGCCAGACCGCGCAGCGGUUCGCCAACUUCUCGUCGAACCUGUCGUCGCGCUUCGGCACCAAGUAGUAGCAGCAACAGGGCGGGCGAGGAACAACGUAUACAUACGCAGCCAAGACACAGGCCGGGCAGGCGAGCCGUCAGAUACACAGUAUAUAUAUAUACAUAUAUACACACAUACAUAUAUACAUAGCACUUUUACGAUAUCCAUAGAUUAUUUAUACAUGAUACCAUCCAGAA